GUCCUGAAGCACGUUUGAUGAGAGAACGUUUAGUGAAUUAAGUGAAUUAAGGUGUUCAGAUCAAGCAAGAUAUUACAAACUAUACCUUCGAAAUUGCCAUGUCAGGUCUACCAAAAGAAACAAGUCAGAUGAUGGCCGAAGACAAGCUAAAAUUCCAAGGAAAAGGCAAGUCCUCGUUUUCCAAAAGUAGGAUUCUGUUUAUCAUACUGGCAGUGAUUGCCCUUGUUGUGUUAGUCGUUGGAAUUGUGCUGAUAGCUUUGGCAGCCAAAAGGAAAGACUGCGAUGGAAGAAAGGGCCGCAAGCAUCCCGGGAGCUCAGGCGAAGAAAUCUCUUCUGAUUUUUGUGAAUACUCCGAGGAAGCCAAACGGAUCGGGCUUGACGACAUGAUCUUGCGUGUAAAGAAAAGCUACUACGAGUAUCAUCCCUUUCAGUUGCCUAGCGAUCCUGAUGCGACCCGAGAUGAGAUCAAGAAGAAGUACAAAGCUUACAACCCAACGCCAGAAUACAUCAAACAAGUCACCGACGCGGCAUGGAAGCUAUUGAAAGAAGUUGACGAAACAAAAGUGGACUCAAACAAGUUAAAAACAAGGGAAAAAAAAGCUCUGACGCAGCUCAAACACUUUCUCAAGACGGUUUUUGGGCAGCCUUUUGACAUGAAUUAUUACACUGGUCAUUGGAUGAUGGGCCCAACAUUCUUCUGCUUCAAGCAAGCGAUCUGCAAUGUUUACAAACAUUUGUCCUCGAUGCUUAAAGCGUUAAAGCCUGAAAACUUGGAAGAUGUCGAUGUGAUUCAAAUGAAGUUACAAAGUCACAAGGAAGGAAUUUUAAGCUAUAUGGAAAACUUAAAAACGGGCAAGUUUUAUGGAAUGGUUUACACUCAAGAGGCUUGCGUCGGCUCACGGAAUGCAAUCAGAAGAUAUUACAUUAACAUUGCUGUAAAGAAUGAAACCGGUAAGUUUCGACUCUAUUGAGAGAGACAGUUUUUGAAACUAAGUAUGUCUUAAAUACAAUGCAUUUUUCUCUAUGGCUGGUCUUUCAGUAGCGUAACUCAGUCAAACGGUUUAGUUACAGCCCAUGGAGUCUUGAGUUGAUCAAACGGGUACCGUUGCGCGAAACGUUAAUUUGUUUUGAAGCUUUAUGGAAUUUGUUUUGCUUCGUCGCAACUGUGAGGAGUGAGUCAACAUUGUCAUAGUUAGCCUACUUAUCAGCAUUUAACGAUGCGCGGCCCCAAGUAAGCAACCUUGGUUGCCCGCUAUUUUCAAUUGAUGCUUGAAGAGCUAAGGCUGAUAGGCUAGGUACACCUUAGAAAGGAAUUAUAUCGCAGGCUGAGAAUUAGUUAAAAUCCUCGAUUUUGUCUAAAUGACCAGUAAUAUGCACUGACUUACAAAAAAUGCGUUGAACUCCAUUCGUUCAACUCAACUGUAACAAUGUGGUUUUCUCAAUUGCAUCAGACAAUAAAAUACCGAGAACCGCCGCUCAUAAACCCCCUAUUAUACUAUUGACGUUAAUAGAAGACAAAAGCAAACAUCAUCCGCAAGGUUGGAUAAUAAUUUUUAUAAUCGAUUAAUUUAAUCCCAGUCACUAAACAAGAACACAUAGGACCGAAACUGCGAUCAAAUACCACUGUCUCUGUUUCAUAUUUUCAGGAGUUUUGGAAGAGAAAUACGUGCGAGAAGUCCUUGAUGAUGAUUAUUUUCAUGACAUUACAGCAGCAAUGAAUACAACAUGGAAAAACGAACAUGGUGGUAAAUCUGUCAAGGAAUCUUUGGAUGAUUAUCUGGUGGAAUAUUUCGGUAAACCAAUGAGUGAGCUGUUUAGGUAAUAUCACUUCAGCAAAUUUUUAUAAAGUUUUUUUCUUGCAAAUAAUUUUGGAGUUAAUUGAUUCUGAUUAAUUACAGUUUAUGCAGUUUCUACUAAGUUAUAUUAAAUGUUAUCAGAUAUAUCAUUUAUGUGAAUCAGAGAAUUUUUCCUAGUUCAGUUUCGCCAAAAAAGAAGUUAUCGUCCUGUAAGACUCGUAAGCGAAAUACUCCCCAAUGUUUCUCGUUAAUAAUAACGACAACUUUAUUACUUUCCAAGACUGGUUUUUCAAAGUCAGUUACAUCAAUAUCAUGAAUGAAAAUGUAUAUUGAAUACAUUACGAAAUAAGACUAUAAAACUAUAUAUUCACAAGGUUUUAACGAUAGCGAUAUAUCAAUCACAAUAAAGCCCCUAACUCUCUCCGUUGCAACAUAGUUAAUUAAAUAUUGGACCUGACCGUGCACAACGUUCAAUAACAUUCCUAUCAUUUUGAAGUUAUUGACCGGCAAUAAAAACAUUGCACAAUUUAUUCAGUCAUAAUUUGUCAACAGAAAACAAAGGAUUGUGCACGGUCUACGGUCAGGGGGCUUCCAACAUAACCUACAGCACCAUUGUUUUCAACUUUGAUGUUUGCCGGGUUUCCUAACCAGUCUCCUCUACUAACAGUGUACUAACAAUGGUUACAAAGACAAAAGUAAGCAACCCCUGUCUUAAAAAUAGACUGCUUACUGAGACGAUUGUCGUUUCCCGUUUUCCUGAAAUUCUUUUCCUUUAAAAAUUAAGACACUAGUUGCUUCUUCAUCCAUUCAACUUAUUAGAGAGGAAUGAUCGAUUCAAAAUAUAAGCUUCUUUUCUUAAACAAAAAGCCACAGAAGAAACAUAUUCAAAUAAUGAAAAACAUUAAAAUGCUAAUUCACAACAGUGAAACAGAGAGGAAUGCAAAACAUUCAGUUCAUCUAAAGACUUUGAGUGAGAAUCACGUAAUAAAAAAUAACGGUGGGGAUGAAGCCAGACUGAAAUGGGCAAGGCAUAGCCUGUGUACAGCCGACUCUCCCUACCCCGGAAGGCAAAGACGAGGCAAGAUCUGUGAUCGCCGAAGGCGAGAGCAAAGUGGGGGAUCUCGGAGCAUGCUCCCUCGAAAAUAUUGAAAUCUAGAAGCUUUUCAGAUCUUCUGAAAAUAGCCUUUUCUAAAAGGCUAUUUUCAGCAUUUUCAUGUAUCUUGAUCUUCUAAAGUCAGUCUCUUUCAGCUGGGUUUUUGUCCAGCUAAAAGUAUUUUAAUAGCCGGCCUGUGUACAAACGCUUCCUCCCCUCAGUGAAAAAUCCGGAAUUUUUUUACUGAAGGGAGGGGGCGUCUGUACCCAGGCUAUAAAGGAUUAUACAUUAAUCAAGGAUAGUUGUCUCUAAAAUUCUCACAGAUAUCUUGAGCAUGAUCAUUACCGCCAUUGUGUCCCAAGUAACUUUUCUAGCGGAUUAGCCACUAUGCCAUUGGAUCAUGUCUGGGUUGAAGGCAAAGAAAAUAAAUCUUGGACUACCAACAAAAAGCUGCCCACUGGGGAAAUGUUAGAUGGUAAAAGAGCAUACUCCAUGAUACUGCCGUAUUAUACAACUAAUGACAUGACCCCAGAUGAAGUCUAUCAAUUGGGAUAUGAGCAGCUGAAAAAGCUUUAUCCACAGGUUAGCAUACUUAUUUAAAUGUUUGCGCAACUUCGUGAAUAACUGAAGACCUCCUUAAAUUGGGCUAUCCAGAGCAAUGCAGCGUCGCUUGAUUUUCCUGUUGUGCUUCAGUAAGAGGCGGCUUCAUUUUUGUUUUCCCCUUUUUCAGUAUUCUGGUACAACCUGGGAAAAAUCCAGAUUUUGUGAGUAAAGUGAAUUCUGUCGCGAUGGAAACCUCCAGAAGACAGACGCUCCCCUAAAACACACUUCUCGAGUGGUUGACUAUUAAUUGAAAAUGUUCUUCAUUUUUAUUCAGGCCGUAAAAGCAGCAAAGAGCGUUACCGGAAUUAACAACGAAACCGAAGCCAUCAAAGAAUUCAGAAAGAAGUUAGAUUCACCGGAUAAUUACUUCAAUAAAGAACUUUUUCCUGCAAAUGAGUCCGAUGCUCAGGCGCAUGCGCGGUGCAGCACUAUUGAGGAAGCCAAGAAAUAUUGUCCCAUAAGAUGGAAAGCUUUGCAAGACUGGUUCAAGGAAGCUAGAAUGGUAAACCUUAAAAUAAAGGAACAAACAUUUAGCAAGAAACAAAAGUAAACAGUUUUUAAAAGGGUUGGAAACUAAUUGUUGAUAUGAAAGAAAAAAUAGAACAGAAUAGAAUUUUGAUCCAAGUAAUUUUUUUCUUGAGUGUAUUUACCAAAAAGUUGCCCAAUAUUUAGUCGUGCACAUCAUCUAACAUCAAGGUCUUAUACUUACAACUAAACGUCAUGCGUAGGAAAUGAAUGCUGCGGAGGGAUGAAAUAAGAAGACUUUAGUUUCGAAAUGAAGAUGUCUUACUGAUUUUGUUCUUUUCAGGCAAUGAGCCUGCUGUACCCCAAACUAGUUGACAUGUUCUACUUCGCUGGGGAUAAGCGCUCCACACCUAACUGUCCAAUCGAGUUACGCCCGGACCUGAACCCGUCAAGCGGUAUACAGAGUAAUGUGGUCAGUGAUGCGAUGUGCUCCAAGCCUGGUUAUUACUAUAUACCGUUCUGGUUAGACAGACUGGGACCCAAAUUUUUUGAAUGGACUAUAAAUGCUCACGAGGCGAGGCCUGGGCACCACCUUCAGGUAAACAACUGGAUCUGUGGAUAAGAAACUUACAAUUUUGGUGAUCUUUUGUGAAACCAUACCUCUUAAUAUUUUUCGUUAAAACGUUUUCCCAUUUUCCUUGCUCUCGCGAGAGAAAGGACCUUAUUAGUAAUUAAAAGUUUCAUGAGAGCCAGUUGUAUUUACCUUAAAUCUUUACACGUCAUCCCUCUAAUCUCAAGGGAUUCAAUUGCGAUAAGUACACUAACUUGCAGUGACUAACUGUCUUGCUAGCCUUAAUUGAAGACAAGAAAUUUUCCGUAUAAAAACAAAGAGAGCGUUUUCUACACUUCUCAGUGUCUUGUUUUCAUAUGAAUUUCAUGUUAAAUUUGCACAUGCCUUUAUAAAUGAUCUCUAAUUUUCAUUAUUCUCGACUGCUCGCGAUCUUUUUUGAUCCGACGUUGAGCAAAAUUGAUCGUACACGGUUUUUUGCAGCGGUCUUGCACCUUAUCUUUACUAUAGAAAUAUGAUUUACAUUAUCUGUUGCUACUGAAUACAACACACCCAGAAAACGUCACGUGAUUGUUCCCUGAGAUUCUUGCAGCCCCGGCGCGCAGUUUGUGUUUUGCCAAAGUCGGAUAGACUUGUGACUACAAUUUCCUGGUCUAAAUGACAAGUUUCAGUAGCCCCCAAAAAGUUGUCGAUUUAUUUCAAACAAAAUCAGCCCAUAUUGGUUGCUAGCAAACACGCAGAAAAAUGAUGUUUAUCAGUCAGUGACAUAAACAACUCAGAAUAAAAAAAUUCUAAUUCUCCCCGCAGGGGUGGUAACCUAGAAAAUCCUGGUUCUCCAAAUCAACGACCCUAUUAAAAGAAACUGUAGUUAGAGCAGUUAAAAGGGAUGGAAAGAUCUAAACUACAGGUGUAGCAAAGGGGUACCAUUUCUAAAUAGAAGCUACUACGAAAGGAGUGACUCUCAGAAGUAAGGGUGUACCCCAGGCGAAAACUAAAUAUGUAGCAUAUGUAGGCUGCUCAAUGUAUUAUUUUUCCUGUAAUUAGGAGCAAGGAGCCCUAGAAAAUUUCCAACGCACAUGCGGCGGGGUGGUCAGUUGGUUAGAAGCCAAGACACACUACACAGCGUUCUUUGAAGGCUGGGCUCUUUACGCGGAAAAUCCACUGACAUCAGAUGACACAGAUGUUUAUGAAAACGAACCAAUGCAAAAAUACGGCAUGCUUAAGGGGCAGGUGAGUCGCGUUUAGAUGAUAAAAAAUCUUAGGAAAAGGUUUUGGAAUUUUUAUGAAUUAUUUUCAAGGUACAUCCGUUGACAAUCCUUUAUGGUCUCGACUAGCCUUCGUCGCAGACGUUAUUUAGCCCCGAAUUACUGGAGGUGAGUUUCGAAUUUCCUUUCAAUUUGACUGGCGAAUCGACAAAGGCUUUUUCAACAGGCCAAUCAUGGCGAGUAGCGUGUACUGAAAUCCUGGUACAUGCACACAGGCCAAGGGCCCAACCAGAGUUUAGUCCGAAGCUUAGUUUCAUCUGUGGCGCAGUCGAGGUCUCGACAGACUCAACAUUUAUAUAAAGACCGGACAAUCUUACUUCAUUUUAAAUUUUAAUCAGCUGAGAUCUCUCUGUCCUUAGAUCUGGCGGGCGGUGCGGUUGAUUGUUGAUACAGGCCUUCACUACAAAGGGAUGAAGAGACAAGAAGCUAUUAAAAUGUUUGGAGACUUUGCUUGGGAUGAUUCCGACUUUACUCAGAAAGAGGUAGGAAAUUGUCCUUAGUUCAAGCAAAACAUAGUGAUCUCUUGGUCCAAGAUAAUCACGAUGAUGAUACUUGACUGAUAGAGAAGGCAGAGUGGUCGCGUGGUUAGAGGGCUGGACUUUAACUUCACGUCCUGCACUGACCGCUAUAGCUGGGCCCCGAGUUCAAAUACUCGAUCACGUUUGUAAACAACCAACUGGUUUGCCUCUGGGCCGUUGGGAUUCUUAUACUCUGUUCUGUUUAUUUGAAUUAGUUGCUUCAGUUGCUUGCUUGGCCUCAUUUACUUUUGCGCUAUAAAUACUCCCUACGGUAAACAACGGAAUUAACGAUGAUGAUGACGAUGGCCGAUGAUUAUGAUGAAGAUGGUGAUAAUUCUAAUGAUGAAGUUGAUUAUAAUGAUGAUGAAAAUGAUGAUAAUGAUGUUAAUAAAAACAUGGUAAAAAAAGUAUGGGAAAUUUUUGGAAAUGAGGAUAGUGAUGAUAAUGAUGAUGAUGAUGACACAAUUUAUUUAUAACACAAUUUAUAAACUUCUCGCUUACGACUAAAGUAAAGUUAUUAUUAUUAAGACUAAAGUAAAGUUAUCAUUAUUAAGCUAGUAUCGACUUGAAAAAUAUGAUAUUUUCAUAUGCGUCAGGUAACUCGUUACCAGGGCUGGCCGGGACAGGCAACAGCCUACAUGGUUGGUAGGCUAGGAAUUCUAAACGCCAGAGAGUAUGCAACCACAGAAUUGGGUGAACAAUUCAGCCUCAAGGAUUUCCAUUACCAGGUAAUGUGGCUAAGAGAAUGCGAGUUUCACGACGAAUUUGCUGACAACUAUAUACUACUUUUAAUAACACUGAGGCGUUUUAUUUUUUUUUUUUUCAACAACUUUAAUUUACUGGUCGUCCAAGAAACUAAAAAAAAGUAGCAAAAUUACAAUUUACAAAAGUUAUCGAAAAUUACAAUUUAACUUAUCUUUACGCUAAUACAUGAAAAAUCAGUAACUCUUUUAUUUAUUUUAUUAUUAUUUUUACAUAGCAUAGUAAGGUAACUAACGAAAACUAUAUUUGUCAGUAUGAUUAAUUAUUGCACAUAUAUUAUACGCACACAUAUCCACAAUGGCUUAAAAAGGAAAAACAAACAAACAGACAGACAACUAAAACAGGACAGUUAAAUUAUUUUUUUGCGCCGGCACGAAAACCAUACCUUCUGUUCACACGGCGUAAGAACGUGGGCCUCGGCACAACGUCUGUAACGGAGCGAACGGCCCGCUCACCCUCUAAAGUUAACAUAUCGGAUGGCAUUGCUUUUCCUGUCGGCACAAAAAGCAAUCCCUAUAAUGAAAUUAAAUUCGUCUUAUUUUUCCUUUAUUAAACAAACCCCCACUUAAGCGGACACCCUUCAGCACACUAAGCCCGACACCUCUAUUAAUAAGCGGACACAGACACUAAAAUUAGUUGUAUUUGGCUAAUUUUUUGUUGUUGAAAACCUCUACUUGGCGGACACCGGACUGAACUCAGUGACAAUAGUAGUAUUGGAUUACGUCCUUGAAAUACGUACUGAAGUCAGUUAAUGUUUUUGGAUUUACAAACAAAUUAAAGUUGGUACUGAAAGGUAAUGAACUUGAACUCCGGAUAGCUUCUUUAACAACAUGCCACUUUAUCACAGUACAGGGUAACUGUUGAAUGUUGAUAGUCAACAAACAUUGCGCAAUUUUUACAACUUCUAUUAAGCGGGCACUCUCUAUUAAGCGGAGACUUGGGAAGGUCCCGAAGGUGUCCGCUUAAUAGAGGUUUCACUGUAGUUUCGUAUGUCGUUAUACGUAACGUAAUUCUUUUCCAAAUCUUCUUAGGUUCUCUCUGAAGGAUCUUCACCCCUUGCUUUCCUUAAUGAUCACAUUAAGAAUUAUGUCGAGUGCGUGAAGAAACCGGACAAAGAAGGUUGUUCCAGUAUUCUGAAUCCUCCCAAAAGAACCUCAUCCAAAAAUGGCGAUAAGAAACCUGAAAUGUACAAGAACUUUGAAGCCUACAGACAUUAUGCCUGAGACAAGCAAGGAUAGAGCGGUGUUUUGAAGUGACUGUCUAGGAUGUUAUUAGAUUGUUCUGGUUUUGCAUAGCCAUGUUGCGUAGUGGUACUAUAAAAAUACCAAAAAAAGGUCGUUUUUUCCGUCGUGAUUGGUUUUGAUUUUUCUCCUGACUGGCUAAAACUAUUACUCACUGCAAGGAAAUUUUUCAUCAGUCUAAGUCUGUUUGAAAUCUUCCGCCCCUGCCCUUACACGUUAAAAAGUUUGCCCCCUUUUUACGUAUUAUUAGGGAUUUUAGGAUAUAAAAAGGACAUCGGAGGUUAGAAAGAAAUUAGACACUAAAAUAUUUUGAAAUGUAACGAGAAGCGCAAAACAACGUAGAAGAAAUAAAAGUUGACUUUUUUUUCUCGUUU